CAACAUAGUAAUAUAAAGCAGUUAACUUAGGUGUUCUCAAUACACACAACACGAAAACCAUUUUCAUCAACCCCAAGAACACUUUUCUUGUUAAGCUAUAAGUUUUUUUUUCCAUUUUCUUUGGUGAAUAUGGAGAUUGAAUCUGUGAGAUGUGAGUGUUGUGGAUUGAUGGAAGAGUGUACACGAGAUUACAUUAGUGAAGUCAAAUCCAACUUCGACAACAAAUGGCUCUGUGGUCUUUGCUCAGAAGCCGUGAGAGACGAAGUCAGUCGCCGGAAGAUGACUACUGUUGAUGAAGCUGUUAGGGCCCAUGUGUCGUUUUGUGGGAAGUUUAAAGAUAAUCCGGCGGUUCUUGUAGCCGACGGUAUGAGGCAGAUGCUAAGGAGGAGAUCCGGCGACUUGACUUCCUCUGCUUCCAAGAAAUUUGGCAGAUCUAACUCCACCAAGUUGUACUAA